AUGGAGGUAGUAAAAACUUUUUUGGAGACUUGUAUUCAAGAAGUAUCUUUAAAUGGAAGACUUGGAAGUAGUUUGAAGCCAGAUUCAUGGAACAAAGUUAAACAAGUUUUGGAUACUACUCAUUCUUUUAUUGCAACACAAAAGCAAAUGAAGAAUCAUUUUAAUUAUCUAAAGGAUAAAUAUCAAGCUUGGUUGCCAAUAACUAAGAAAACAGGAAAUGUUUAUGAUCAUACAACUAAUACCAUUCUAAUGUCAAAUUUUGAAUGGGAUGAGUACAUUAAGGCUCAUCCAAAGGCAAAAACAUUGAAAAGUUCUUUGUUACCCUUUCCAGACCUCUGUAAAGCACUCUUUGAUGGUACUACUGCAACUGGAGUUUAUGGUUGGAGUCCUAGUAGUACAACUCCUCGACCUGUUAUCCCAUCUACAUCUCCUUAUAUUGAGACAAAUGUUUCUACAAAAGAAAGUGCACCUAGUAACCAAAAUGAUGAUGCUGCUAACAUUUCUCCAUCUCAAUAUUCAAAUCCUUUAGAAGGACAAAUGAUGAGAAAGAAAAGAAAGCUAUCAUCUCAACAUGAUAUUGAUGAUAGGAUGUCUAUUGCAUUGGAGUUAAAAAGAAUAGUGGUCCUCAUGUUAAGGAAUGCAUGGGAAAAUUAG